GGUGACACUGUUUGUGGAGAAACAAAUGGAUCACUGAUUUGAAUGACUGAAUGAAUGCCUGCAAUGAUGUCAUCCAUUAUUGUAAUAAAAGCACACAUUUGUGACAAUCAAUGAAUUAAUUGAAUACUUAUUAAAAGACAACCAAAACAUAACAAAUCAGUUAAACAAACAUUUUAUACGAAAUAAUCAUUUGUUUGAUAAUUUAGUUGUAGUUUAGUUGUGAAAGACUUUGCAAUACAAAUAUGGAAGAAGAAGAGGCCAUUUUCGAUCCGACGAUGAAGAAGAAGAAGAAGUCGAAGAAACCCUUCGACAUGAGUGUCCUCGAGGGUAACGACGGCGAGAAAAAGGAAACUCAGGAAAUUAAAGACACGGAACAGUCUAACAAUGACGACAAAGAUUUGCAGGAUUUAAAUGAUUUUUCCGGUUUAAAGAAAAAGAAAAAAAAUAAAAAGACUUUUAAUUUAGAAGAUCUCGAGAAUGCAUUGCCGGCCGAUAAAGAAAAUUUAGAGAACGGAAGCAAAUCGUUGAGUCCGGCGGACAAAGCGGCUGAUAAUGAGGCCGAUGUUGUCGAAGAUGAUCUCGACUUUGAUUUCACGAAAAAGAAAAAGAAGAAGAAGAAAGCCGUCAAUUUUGAAGGUUUAGAAAAUGCUGACGACGCGGAUGGUACCGCUGGUCAAGAGGGAGCAGACAAUGUUGACGGCUCUCAAGUUAGUUCAUCACUUGUUGGAAACGAUUCUUCAAAGAAGUGGUUAGACUCGGAUCGUGAUUAUACUUAUGACGAGUUAUUAGAAAUAGUAUUCAAUAUCAUUAAAGAGAAGAACCCAGAGAUAGAAUCGGGAACUAAGAAGAAGUUUGUUAUGAGACCACCACAAGUCUUACGGGUCGGAACUAAGAAGACAUCAUUUGCCAACUUUUUAGAAAUUUGCAAAUCACUGCAUCGACAGCCCAAACACAUGCAGGCCUUCUUAUUGACAGAAUUAGGCACAAGUGGUUCAGUGGACGCCAACAAUCAGCUCAUUAUUAAGGGUCGGUUCCAACAGAAACAAAUAGAAAGUGUUCUCCGAAGAUAUAUUAAGGAAUACGUUGCGUGUCAGACGUGUCGAUCACCUGAGACUAUCCUCCAGAAGGAGACCCGACUCUUUUUCCUUCAGUGCGAAACAUGUGGUUCUCGACGAUCGGUCACUAAUAUCAAGAGUGGAUUCCAAGCCGUCACAGGAAAGAGAGCCGCCAUCAGAGCGAAGACAACUUAAGCACUCAUUAAUAACUGAUUUUAAUUCAAUUGAUAUGUAUUUCUGUUAUUUAUAUUUGUAUUGCAAACUAAUUAGUAAAAAUAAC